AUGACGGGCGCAGGCCUCGGCGGCCAGAGCGAAGGAGGAGGCCGCGGGGGCGCGGGCCGGCGGCCAGGUGCGGGUGUGCGCAACGGGGCAGAACGGGGCAAGGGCACGUGGCAGUCAGCGCGCAUCGGACGCGGCCGGAGCGCGUCAACCGCGGGCGAGAUCGGCGGGGACCGCGGCGACGAGCGCGAGCGCACGAGGGAGAGGGAGGGAGCGAGGCGGUGCUCACUGGGGCCGUAUGGGGAUUGGCAGCGGGGCGCGAGGCGGUUGACGGCUGAGCUUAGCAAAAAAGAAUCCCAAAUCGCCGACCUUCAAGAAAAUAUCAAAUCUCAACAAGCAGAAACUUCCAAGGCCAAGGAGGAGCUGACCAGUGCUUUAGCAGCCAUGGAAAAACUGAAGGAGAGCUUCAAGAGUGAGCGGGCAACCUGGGAUGGAGAAAAGACAACUCUGCUAAAGAGAGCUGAAGAUGCUGAAGCAACCCUUAAUCCGGUGGCAGAGGAGCUAACUGCCUUGAAACAGCAAAUAAAUGCUAUGACUGCUGCCGUUUUUGGUAAAUAA